GCGUGGACCGUGAAUGUCCAGGGAGCAAGAAAUGCUGCUCCAAUGCUUGCGGGCACACCUGCCAGGCCCCAGACAACAUGAACAGAGGUAAAAACUGGCACUCCGGAGCCCGUUGGGACUUUGCACAGAUGCCUAGGGGAGGGCAGGGGCAAAAUGCCAACAAUACCAUGGCAGAGGUAGAGCUUGGGAGCCAAGGAGGACGAGCAUGAUGGACGAGAGGGGCUUCAAGGGGAGUAGAAUGAGGAGGGGGCAGCAGAGGAUGGUCCUGAGUGCCCCACAGGCUCUGCCAGUGAGCCUGUAUCCAAAAACAAUUUGGUAAUUCUCUCAUUUUUAGGGGAAAGUUUGAGUUGAUUUUUUCUAAAUACUAAGUGAACUACAUUUUUGUUUCUUUCAUUCAAUGAAGACAACUGAGUUUCAUUGUGAUUUUCAGUAAGUGAUGACCUUAGCAAAAUAAAUGAAAUUCCCGGGUGCACUCCCUAAAGACUUGGGGAGGGUCCCAGUGCUCUCCCCACUUCUGCAAAGGUGAAGGCCAGCCUGCCCACCACCAGCCUUUCUGUCUAGUUUCUGUUGCACUUUCCUGGGAUUCCCCCAAUACAGAGAUGGCUUUCCAGAAGCCGAUUUUUAUCUCUUCUAAGUGUCCCAUUGCUGGAGAGAGUGGUGAGCAUGGAGAGACUUUGAACAUGUCUUCAUAAAUACCCUGGACUUUGUUUUUCUUUCUCUUUCAUAUAUCUACACAAAAAGAAAGCACGGUUGGUAUGGAGAAGUCUCCGUAUUGGUCUCGCCACAAAGAGCCCUGGGAGUUUGUCACAGAUAACCACGAAGUCCGAGUCAUCUUUGUUUUCUUCUCUCUUCCUUCUAUUUCUCUGUCCUCUCUCCUUCUUUCCUUCCUUUCCUCCUUUUCUUCCUCCUUCCCUCCCUCCCUCCUUCCUUCUCUCCUUCCCUCUUUCCUUCCUUCUUUGUUCCCUUCCUCCUUUCUUUCUUUCCUCCCUCUUUCUUCCCUUCUUUUUGCCUUUAUUUCCUUGCCUCCCUCCUUUCUCCCUUCCUCUUUUCUCUUUCUUUCCUCCUUCCUCCUUCCUUCUUUCUUCCCUUCCUCCCUUCCAUCCUUCCCUUCUUCCUUUCUUCCUUCCCUCUCUCCUUCCUUCCUCCCUUCCUCCCUUCCUCCCUUCUACCCUUCCACCCUUCUUUCCCUUUCUCUCUAUAUCUCUUUAACUUACUUCAUUUGGCUUUCAGGUGUCCCACUGAAGCCUAGAAAAGGUCUUGUGAUUCUGGAGCGGUCUAGUGGAGCAAUCCAGGUUUCUUGGAAACCCAAGUCCAGUGUUUCCAUAGAACCCGUAUUCUACAUCCUGCAGAGCCGGUGGCACUGGGGGCUCCACCCCAGUGAGGACGAGGCUACUGAAUGGGAGGUGGUAGCUGUGACCAUGGAGGAGAGCGCCCAGCUGGACGACCUCGGGCCAAACAGAUGGUACCAGUUCAGAGUGGCAGCCGUGAAUGCCCAUGGCACCCGGGGCUUCACCCCUCCAAGCAAACACGUCCAGUCUUCCAGAGUUCCUUUACCUCCAGGGUCCCCCCAGAAUCUCAGAAAAGGCAACGUCACCACCAACCGCGCUGGGACUCACAGCAUUGUCAUUUCCUGGGAUCCCCCUCCUCAAGGGGUUCUAGCUGUUCAUCACUACAGGGUCCUCUGGAGGCCCUGGACACCAGGAGCACAUGGGCCUUCUCCGAAGCUGAGGAGCCAGAGAGUCGCAGGGGCCAAACCUGAAGUGCAACUGCAUGGACUGGGGGCUGGCACCGCCUACCAGGUACAAGUGCAGACCGUCACCUUCUGGGGCCAGAAACGCCUCAAGAGCGCCAAGUCCCACCUGCUCCUUGUCACGCCAGCCAGAGAGGCCUCAAAUGAGUUCACCGCAUCCCAGGAAGGGCCCGCCCUGAGGAGAUCCUCCACAGAGUGACCAAAGCCCAAAAGGCCCAGGUGCUUCCCUGAUAACUUGGGAUCCUGUCUUGUGAGACGCCGAUCAUGUGGCGACGGCGGGCCAGCCUCGGGGCAUAUCGGGACUCAGUUUCGCCCAAUCGCUGCCCCUCUAGCUGGAAGGAGCCUGGGUGACCAUCCAGUCCACGUGAAGACUCCCUGUUAGACCCGGGGACAGCCAGAGUGUCUGAAAACGUCGGGCCGCAGUCCCUCCCCUCCAGGGGCAGCCCCUUCCGCGGAAGGCUCUCGUUUCAGGAGCCAAGUAGUCCCCCUCCCCCGCCACCCUCAAUGGGAAAGCUCAUUAAAUAUUAGCGUUUAAGAUGAUCACAUAAGGGGCAGCUGGGCCAGCCUCCAAUUUUAUACUUCAGGACAAAGAGGUGCAAGAGUCAUGAAGUGGUGGCCUAAAUCCAGCGCCCUUUCUUGGCCCGCACAUUUCUCCCUGGGUCUUCUCUUCCCAUGCUCACCUGGCCUAGCUCCUUCGGUCAAUAACCUCCAGGUAAUCGAUAUCCCAGAAUGCCCAUGGACAAAGGCUAGGCAACAUUGGCAAGUCGCCUGGCUCAGCCAACCCAUUUUCCAGAUGAGAAGGCUGAGGGCCAGACAAGAGAAACAACUUCUUCAAAGUCACACAGGAUGUUGGGGGUAACGGUGGGAUUAGGUUUAUGGUCUUCUGUUUCCCAAAGCUAAAUUCUACCGUCUCACAGCUGGCCCUUAUCUGUGGAGUAAUUAAGGCUGACUUAACUCCUCCCUUCUCCCCAACUCCUCCCUUUUGUUUCCUGGAGAGCCCUCCCUCUAUGAGCCUCAAUGGCUUUCCUCUUCUAAAACUAGGUCUAAAAAGAAGCUUGCAAUUCCUAUUCUCCAUCUCAUUUAGGU